GUCAUGCGCAAACCGAAUCACUUCCUUUUGCCAAGCGAAAUUAGACCGACGUCAUGACUGGCGCAUCAAUGGCAAUAGGCCUCCGUAAUAGGCCGGAAGACACCCGACUUGUACAAUCGCAACUUGACUUCAACGAUCACACAUUGACCAAAUAAACCGGAGCCAUGGAGCACUACGCACCCCAUCCUAGCUCUCAAUUCGAAGGGUUCUACUCGAAAUUCGACCUCGAAAGCGGUGCCCAUAUCGCACUCAUCAUAUGCUCCGUACCUCAGGCCAAAACACGCCCACAUAUGGUGUCCUUCACAUACUACCCCAAAAACGGGCAUCCGAUAUUUCAGCGCGAAGAAUUCGUCGAAACAAUCGAACGCACUGUGACGGACCCCAAAACGCAGGCCUUCGAGCUCCGCGUUCCAGGAAUGGGCUACAUGGCCUGCCACGCCAACGGCACCACAUCCUACCGACUCAACGCCCCAGAAUGGUCCCUAGAAGCAGACAGUACCUCAAUCACGCAGUGGCGAACAGACAAAAGCACACCCGAAGGCUGGAUAAUCCAUCUUCCGCUGCCAAUGCACUGGCACGUGCAUAGCACCUGCUCCCCCUGCACGUUCAAGCUGGAUCUCCCACCGCUUGGCGAUGCGCAUCCAGAAUUUGAUCGUAAGGGCAGAGGUUACAUACACCAGGAAAAGAAUUGGGCAAACAGUUUCCCGGACGCACAUAUGUGGGUGCAGGCCUUCAACCAGGAAUCAAUGACAGGUGUAUGUCUCGCAGGUGGGAAGAUCAUGGGGCAGACGGCGUAUCUUCUCGGGUACCGCAGUGACGAUCUCUUUCUCGACUUCAUCCCGCCAUUCUCCGUCUCAUACCUUAAUAUGCCAUUCCUCAGUCCCUUCAUGAGCGUGGAUAUCGACUGGGAGAGCAGAACGUUCUCCAUCUCGGUGAGCGAUUAUGUGCAUAAGUUAGAGUUGAAGGCGCAGGCGCCCAAGGAGCCGGGCUGGUUUGGGCUUGCAAGUCCGUUUCCGGAUGGUCAUAGACCAAACUUUUGUCGUGAGAGCUUCAUUGCGACCAUCGAUGUUAGGGUAUAUGAGAGUGAGGGAUGGAUGCCGUGGCAUGGGUGGAGGCAGAUAAAGCAGGAGAAGUUUGCGAAUGCGAGUUUGGAAUUCGCGGGAGGUUACUACCCGGAAAGAGGAGAGUCAAAAAAAGAGUAGAUACUGGCUAUUGUGAGCUUUGUGAAGAAGGCUACUC